GCUGUGGCGGCCUGGGGGAGUAGUUGACAUCUGGCGUCUCUGAGGGCCGAGGGGUCCUCGCGGGAGCCGCAGCCAGGGCCUUGCGGCCGCCGCUCCACCUUCACGCUCACGCCUUCCCCUUCGGUGGCCGCCAUGGCAGCGCGUCCGUUCGCCGCCGGCCUCUGCUCGCCGUGGCCCCGGCUCCCUGGAGCGAUGAGGCGGUAGUGACGCCUCGCGGCCCUCCCGCUCCUCCCGCGACUCGGUCGCCCCGGUCGGGGGAGGGAGGGCCGGUCUGCGGGCCGACCCCGCCGCGGCCGCCCCCGCACCGCCCAGUCCCGCCCCCUGGGGGCGCUGCCCUCGGGCGCCCUCCGCCCAUGUCGCCCAGCCGCCCUGCCACUCGUCGCUGAGCCCGCGUCCAUCCAACAGCUCUCAAAAUGUGGCACAACGUGGGGCUGACCCUGCUGGUGUUCGUGGCCACGCUGGUGAUCGUCCUACUGCUGAUGGUGUGCGGUUGGUAUUUCGUAUGGCAUCUAUUUUUAUCUAAAUUCAAGUUUCUGCGGGAACUGGUGGGAGACACAGGAUCACAGGAAGGAGAUCAUGAGCCCUCAGGGUCUGAAACAGAAGAGGACCCUUCUGCUUCACCACACAGGAUCAGAUCUGCUCGCCAGAGAAGGGCACCUGCUGAUGAAGGCCACUAACCAGACACCCACUGUCCUAGAAUAUGGUCUACGGCAGUCGUGAGCCUCUGUCUUCAGUGACCUGGCUUGGAAAGUUACUAAGUGACCGAGGAACAUUUGCAAUUGGAUUUAUAUCCAGUUCAAAAGAAGAUUUACACGUAAGCCAUAAAGAAAUAAAGGGAAUUUAAACCAAAUUGGACCAGUACGGAUUUCAUCUUGGAUAUUUGCUUCACUACUAGGUCUACUUAACACUCUUACUCUUUGGCUUAUCUUUUUUUUUUUUGCACUGGUGUAAAUCUGUAAACAUUUCAGGCUUGAAAAAAUGUUAUUAGUCAUAAAAUGUACCCUUUUCUUGACAUUUUAACUUGUCCUAAAUUGGGGCGUAUCUCAUUGCUGUCCACCAGUGGUAGUCUUGUCAUUGUCCUAGCUCAUGCAUAUGUGAGUUUGCAGCGUGUGACAGUGUCAUUACCUCAGCCGAUGUGUAUAUUGUUGGUAUCAAAUGUGUCAGGUCUAGCUGGCAUUUUUAAAAUGUCUUCAAAGAGUACUGUGAGUCAGCAUUGAAAUGGAAGAUUAUUGUAUACGCAGAAAACCAUGGAAACAGCAGUGGAGCCUGUUUGAUAUCAGUGAUGCCAACAGUUGCUGCUGAAGAAACGAUCACAGUUCUGUUUCCUUGCAAAGAAACAACAAAAUGCUUUGGAGGACCCGAGAAAGGAAGAUACCCACAAGUUGAUGAAGCUGUGCUGCAUUUUGUCAGCAAGGCAUUUGCAAAACAGUUGUCCAUCUCCUCGCCAAGCAAUUGCAGUCGAAGGCAGGAGACAUUGCCAAAAUCCUCAGAAACGAUGUAAAAAACUUCAAAGCAAGGAGAGACUGGCAUGGCCACUUCAUGGAGAGGACUGACAUUAAGUUAUCAAACAUUUUAUCCAAGGCUGUCUGCUGGUAUUAGACAGAGGCAGUGGUAGGCAUCCCUUCAGGAAAUGCCACACGAGCAGCACUCUUGACAUGUAUGGGAAGAUUCAGAUCCCCAUGACUGAUUUGAAAAGUGGUUUGGAAGAAGGGGACUCGGAAUGUGAAAUUGCAGUUCAUAACUUAACCAGUUUAUUUCACCCAUUCUUCACAUAGGCAUGAGAUUUAUGUGAUAUAAAUAUUUUAGAACAGGAUAAAUAAAUAAUAAAACAUUUUUCUGUGAUACAAGGCAUAUGUCAUAGCUUACUGGGCAGUGUUUCUUCUUAAGAGAUACAUAUGGUGCAUCUUAAUUGAUGGUCACCUAAAUUAAGUAAAAGUGAUAAUUUGUAAAUUUACUUUUCAAGAUAGCAGUUAUUUAUUGGAGAGCUUAAUUAUAAGUCUUACAGUGUUAACAGUUAUUUUCUAUGAAAUACUUUUGGGGUAAACCUGUUGGGGGUUCUAGAGUUGUAGUUAGGAAUCUAAAAACUGUCUUCUCCUUUAGGGAGAGUGAGCUUGGUCCCCCCUUUAUAUGGGGACUUUAUGUUCUGGGCUUGUGUUGUGAAGAAAAUACUUCAGACCUCAAAGAGCACUAGGGCUUGAAAUAGUAGUGGUUGAAAAAACCUUCUUACUUGUGUAAACUGCCUCUUGCCAGGAGUCCAUGUUUGUUUUAACUGAACUUUGGACUGUUUACUAGAGAAGAGAGAUGGAUUAAUGAACCUUCUAGUGCUGUCUUCUCUAGACAGAAAUGAACUGCAAAGCCAAGUUCCUUUCCUGGUUCCUGUCCUUCAUGGCUGUGUUUAAUCUUGUUUGAUACCUCAUUCUUCAUCCUGGCAGAUUUUGUCUGUUAACUGUCUGCUGGCGCUGCCCCAAGUUGAGUUCCUAAAGAACUGCUUGUAGACAUCAUAGCCCCUUGGGUGCGCUGGAAGGGAAGCUUUAGAGGACAGUCUUCAUUUAUACAUUUUCUGGGGAAGAUGCCACAGCUGAGUGUGGAGCAGUUGUUCUGUCUCUUUUCAAAACAGGGCGUCUCUGUAGCUUUGGAGCCUGUCCUGGAACUAGCUCUGUAGACCAGGCUGGCCUCGAACUCACAGAGAUCUGCCUGCCUCUGCCUCCUGAGUGCUGGGAUUAAAGGUGUGCGCCACCACCGCCUGGCUUGUUCUGACUUCUUUAUGGGACAUAAUAUGACCAGAAGGCAUAAAGAGCAGUGGCAUUGUUUCUAGCAUUGAUUUUUGCUAUAUCUUAUACUAACUAAAUAUCACUAAGUAGGUCAAGAUGCCUUAGAUAUUUUUUUUUUCAUAAUCUAAUGUUCUGAGCUUCAGGUUUUCAUUUUUUACUGUUGUUUUGCUGUGGGAGUCUAAGGUUUUAUAUGGCAACAGGAGAAACUUGAAGCUGCAGGUGCGCUCUCUGUUGUGUCAGUAUUAAAGAAUGGGAACUAAUGGGAUCCCCCCAAUCUAUAACCAGGCCCAAACUAAUCUCUGUAAAGAUACAUAUAGAGCAUUAUUUAUUGGUAUUUAUGUCUCCAGCAUAUCUUAUAAAACUUUAAUAAAAACUGUUUGGCCCGAGAAAUAAUAUCGUAUGCUGUAAGAGCUCAUAGUUGUGUGUUUUAAAGAAAGAAAAGACAUUUCGGAUGCCAGUGUGAAGAGUCUAAGGCAUAGCCCUUUGUGUAGAAUUGUGGUCAUGAAUCUCCUUUACCCCACCUAGAAAGAAGAGAAAUCACUGUCCCUCCAGGAUUCCUCAUGUGCUGUGGUUUUCUGUCCUGUUUCCUCUUUAAGUGUGUUUGUAGCUAUUAUAACUGUCACACCUGCGUUCUCAGGCUCUCAGUGCAAGGGUGUGCUUACUUCAGAGUUUAAAGACACAGCAUCCAAAUACUAGAGGCUUGCCUGAUGACAUCAUCUCUUUGAGGAUCGAUUAGAAACUUGAGGACUCAGGUAGCUUGUUGCAGUUCCUUUGCAACUAGCCCUUCCCAAAUCUGUGGUUUCCCUCUGAAGGGGUGUGUGUGUGUGUGUGUGUGUGUGUGUGUGCGCGCGCGCGCACACACACGCAUAUAUAUUUGUUUGCAAAUUGUCCAUGUGGUAGCAUGGCUCAUAUUUAAAUGCCAAAACACUAAAGAUUUAUAUUACAGUUAACUGAAGCAUUAAUUAAUACACACCUGAAGAUGGUGUUUGAACUGAAUGGCUUCUCACAGUGGAAGUAGAUAGCUAUUUCGCGGACACCUUGACCUCUUUCUUUAGAUUAGUCUUAACCAUUUCAAAAUGGUAUUUUGCUAAGAGUUUAGACCAUGCAUGUGCCGACAUCUCAAACAUGAUGGAAAGUAGUACAUGCUUUAUGUUAAAGAGGAAAGAUGUUUGAAGUUAGAUAGAAAUUCCGAGUCCACAUUGCAAUCUUUUUUUAAAGUCAGUUUUCCUUAGAAGGUGUCUGACUGGGCCAGGUAACCAGUGUAACUGGAGAUCUUGACUGGUAAACCAAGCGCUUUUACAUUUGGAGCUGACUUCAUAAAGCCAGCGAACAAUCCUCAGAGCUCAGAAGCUCAGGCGACCAUAGAAUGGCAUCGGGGUAUGGAAUCUAAAUCAAAGCCCCUUUUAUUGUCUGCUCUAAAGGGUCCCAGAGCCGGAGACGUCUAGCAGGUUACGUGUUUUACCCUGUAGUAUAGAAGCUGCACCUCUGUCAGAGCACAUGCUACCUGUGGAGGACGGUCUAGCAUUAACCUCCACGCCAGUUCUAUGCAUAACCACUCACCAAAUACUGCUGCUGUGCUUUCCCACAGGAGCCCGUCUGUCCCGUGCUGUGACGCGUUGUCAUCCUGCUGCUCGACAGAUACGUUGUGAGGUGUUAGAACUGUGUGUGUUAAGAGUUUCCUUAUAGAACAAGAUGUAAAAUAUAGAUGAGGGAUAUGCAAAUGAUGUCUUAGAAUAUCUAAAGCUUCUUGCACAGAAUAAAGGAAAAUGAAAAUAA